AGCCAGCUGCGCCAGGAAGAAUGCACGUGCUACUCCGCGCAGUUCAAGAGCAAGAUGGCAUCCUCCGUGUGUCGGUGCUACGAGCUGGUUGGCAGACGGGCUUUGGCCCUCUGCUCUCGGCCUCUGGUGUCCUCAGCAUGGAGAGGAGAUGUCUACAGGAUACAUGGGAGCCCAGCUGCAGCUGUGCAGGUGCGAUAUUCUUCAGGACGGAAAGGUUUCCUGGGAGAAUUCGUGGACAGCCUGCGUCAGGAGCUCAGUAAGAAUCAGGAGAUGAAAGAUAACAUAAAGAAGUUCAGAGAAGAGGCCAAGAGGCUGGAGGAGUCUGAUGCACUCCAACAAGCCCGCAAGAAAUAUAAAACAAUAGAGGCUGAAACAGUGAAGACUUCAGAGGUGUUUAAGAAGACGUUUGGCUCCCUGUCAGACACUGUCAAGGAGGGCCUCGAGGAGGUGAGUCGUACUGACAUCGGGAAGAAGAUAAAAGAAGGUGUGGAGGGGGCAGCGAGGUCAGCCAUCCACUCCGCUGAGAGCGUCUCCAAGGGAGGAGAAAAAUUGGGCAAAACUGGUGCAUUCAGGGCCAUCUCACAGGGCGUGGAGACCAUGAAGAAGGAGAUAGACGUUGGUGAUGCUGGCCCUUACAGAGCUCCAUCACAGCUGAGGAAGAGAAGUGAUUUCUCCUCAAAGGGAUCCGAUAAUGACUCCAGAGUGUUUGAGGCCGAUGAAGAGGCUAUGGGUGUCGUUCUCCACAAGGAUUCAAAGUGGUUUCAGCAGUGGAAGGACUUCAAGGACAACAACGUAGUUUUUAACAGGUUCUUUGAGAUGAAAAUGAAGUAUGAUGAAAGUGACAACUCUCUCAUCAGAGCGUCCCGAGCUGUAACUGACAAAGUCACAGACUUCUUAGGCGGUCUGUUCUCUAAAACAGAAAUGUCUGAGGUGCUGACAGAGAUUGUGAAGGCAGACCCUUCCUUCGACAAAGACUCUUUUCUCAAACAGUGUGAGAAAGACAUCAUCCCAAACAUACUUGAGGCUAUGAUCCGGGGAGAGCUGGAUGUCUUGAAAGACUGGUGUUAUGAAGCUACGUACAGUCAGCUGGCUCACCCCAUCCAGCAGGCCAGAGCGCUCGGGCUCCUCUUCCAGUCUCAAAUCCUCGACAUUGAUAACAUUGAUCUGGCGAUGGGUAAGAUGAUGGACCAGGGCCCUGUGCUCAUCAUCACCUUCCAGGCUCAGGUCGUCAUGGUGAUCCGCAGCCCCAAAGGAGAGAUAGUGGAGGGAGAUCCGGGUAAGGUGAUGAGGAUGAUGUACGUUUGGGCGCUGUGUCGUGACCAGGAGGAGCUGAACCCCAACGCGGCUUGGAGACUUCUGGACAUAUCCGCCUCCAGCACUGAGCAAGCACUCUAGGUGAAGGAGGAGGAGGAGGUAUGCAGGUAGAAAAGAUCAAAUGGGACUUAAACGAACUGUGAGGAGAGCAGAAGAUCCGUGGAUGUGCCUGGAACGCCUGCAUGAACUGACUCAUGUGUACAUUAACAACGAAAGGAGCGGUGCAAACAUACUCCUGUGUUACACCAUAGACUGUAUCACACACUCACAUCUCCUAAAGCUAAGAUUUAUGUGCACAUGUAUAGGUUUUGAAAUUAUACAUGAACAUACAGAUAUACUUCCAGAUAUAUCUAUAGAAUACUGUGCGUCCAUCAAUAAGAGUGUGAAGUCCCUUGCACUUGUUAUAUCAGUGUUUGGGUUCCCAGAACAUUAACAUGAGUUCUCAAGUGGAUGGGACCAGCUUUUUCUCUGUGUGUCUGAUAGAAGAUCCUCCAUUUCCCUCCAUUUUUGAUCAAAUGGUACAGCUCAUCUCUGCAAACCAGACCGCUAAAUCCAAGAAGAUCUGUGGAAAGAAAGGACUAAGCAGCUGUGACUUGACCUGUUGUUCCCAAGAGCUACAUCUGAAGGCAGAAACUUGGAUGCUUACCUCUCUUUGACAAAUAGUGUUAACUAAAAAAUGUUCUUCUGCAGCAACUAACACAGCCAAAGGGGCAAAAGAUGUUGUAAAUCAAAGUAAAUGGAUCCCAGGCUUGGACACAUCUUGGUUAUUUAGUUGUCACAAAAAGUGUACUCUUGCUUUUGCUCUCUAUAGAGCCUUCUUAAAGCUGGGGUGUGCAACUUUAAGAAAGAGAAACAGUAAGCCAGAAUUUGGAGGUAACCAACCACAGUCAUUCCAAGUCAGUUUACCCAAAACAUAAACGUGUCUGACAUGGGACUUCCACCAGAUCCGUGUCAGGUCCAUCUCCGAUCCGCUGCGGUCCAGCUCCAUGCUCUCUCGUCCGUCAACACCAUAGACUAUAUAAAAUACAGUCAACACUCACCGUCUGCAGCACAGAGCAGGACCAUGGAACAGCUGGAGUCAUGUGACCGAGGCUUUCCCACAGUAAUCAAUGUAUCAAGGAUUCUCCUCCUCCUUUUCUCGUCCAUGUUGUCUUUAUCGGCCUCUGAAAACCUCUGACUUGAUGACUCCAGGCCUGCCUCUGCUCUAAAUGACAUUUUGUUGUCAUAGUUAAGUUAAAAACAACCUAACUAUAACACGGAGUGUUUUAUUCUGAAAAUUAACCAGAUUUUUAUUUUGUUUUGGUGCCUGACUUCCUGUCCCGCUCCAUCUCCUCUGUGGUGAAUUGAUGCGUCGUGCUCCGGCAUCCGGCAAAGUCUUGCGUAUCUGAUCCGUUGCGUUUCGACCUGCCGGAUCAGAGACGCAGCCGGAACGCAAUGGAACAGAUCCAGUGGGGUUUAACAGACUGACUAGAAUAGAAACCUAUCAGACCCGGUGCCGUGACGGUUCGGAGACGGACCAGACACGCAACUGGUGGAAUUUGGCCUUAACACUUCUCUCUGCCAAUCCUGUGCAACUAGCUCCAGCUGCAGAAGUCUCCACUCGUGCUUUGAGUGUAGAGGCAGAAUGCAUACAGGCAUGUAGGAAGGUAGUCAAAUAGGCCCUCCAAUCAUUCAAUUUGGUUUGGUUGAAAUGAUUGGACAGUCUUACUGAUACAGACACCAGAUCUUCCUUAUUUUGCAGAGCAUUUUCCUUAUUUGAAUCUUUUGGGAUCUGCAGAGAAUUCUACAAAUAAAAAAAAAGAAAAGUGCAUCCCCUAGAUUUAAAUGAAUCAACAUGACCCAUAAUUCUUUUAAUUAAAGUUGGGCUGAAGACUUGAAGACAACAGUCAGUUGUGGUGGUUCCCACUGUCCACUGCUGGAAACACAAGUAUACUUAUAAGUUUAAUACACUUUUUUUUGUUAUCCAUUUUGUAGGAUCCAUGCUGUCAAAUAUCAUGUAGCUCAAAGCUGCAAACACACAACAACAACAUGAGAAACCACAAACAGCUGGGGAGAACAUGUACCUGUAUUUGUAACUGCAGUAAGUUUUCAAACGCAGCACAUUUCCUCAAGUUGCACUGAGCGUCCAGUAACUGUACAUACUUGUACUGUAAGAAGAAUUGUAAUGUACCUUAAUUUUUUUUGUAAAUACAUCAGAUGUUGAGUUCUGCUGCUUUUUAAGCUUGGUUGGGACCACCUUCAACAAUGUCACCAUGACAGCUUUGUUGUUCAAGGAUCAUCUGUCAGGUCAUGUUUCACAUCGUUCAGAUGUUCGUUGUACUGAAAUGUUUGUUUACUUUUCUGUGUGUGGUUUUACGAGGAGAAGGUGCGGAGGAUAAAAAGUUGAAUGAAUGAGUCUUUAACUGUAAAUGUUGAGUUUUAUUGACAUUUAUACUGUGAGACCAUGAAGGUACUUAAAUCCACUAAAGAUUGAACACAUUUACUCAUAUCUGUUGACCUUUUAAAGUAACCUACAGAAAUGCCAACGUUAGUGAAAGAGCGGUUGAGGCCUUCAGGAUAACUAAAGUGACUGAGCUUUAAGCAUGUUUUUUAUUUAUGAAAGUUAUAUUUACACAUAUACAGCCGGGGGAGUGAUUAGAGAUGGUUGGAUACUCACAAGAGUUCAUUACCUCCCAGCUUAUGUAUCAUUCUCUAUGUCAUGAGUCUCUGCUGUUUGCUGAUAAUGCAAAACCUGUUGUAUUUUCAGAAACAGCGAUCAGUCAAACAGACCUCCUGUGCUUCAUUUAGGGUAACACCAUUAACUUUGCUCCUUUGAACAUAAGACUCAAAAACUUGUCAUGUGGACCAUCGAUAAGCAAUGAACCUGUGAACAUAUGACCAUCUGAAUUGAAAUAAAAUGAAAAUAAUUAA